AUGACAUAUCACUCACAGAAUAAAUCCACGGUUCCUCGUAACUAUGUGUCGGAGCUAGAGGCAGAGGUCGAGAAGUUGACUCGGCAGAACCGCGAACUGAGAGCACGAGCCCAGUCUGCUUCGGUUAAUGAUGAGAUGACUACCCCACGCGACAACCUCUCCCCGGGAAGUCUGGCCGCGUCUGAUGCAAGUUCAAAUCACGUGCAAAACUUGGUGAAGAGCGUCAGUGAUGUUGUUGUCGAGCCGUCGAGGCAGCCACGAUUCUUAGGACAGAGCGGCGGCAUCACCCUUGCCAAGUUGGUCAUAUCAGCAAUCCGCGUCGAGGCCUUGACCUCUCCCCUGUUUAUUGAGCCACGCUCGUAUAAUCAUUCGUCGUCCUCGAUGGCAGCCGAGGCUUCUCUUCCGCCGCGUCAUGCUGCAGACCACCUGGUUGAUGUCUACUUCCAGUACCAAACGCCCCAUUUACCCAUUGUGAAGCGUUCAAGAGUUGAGGAGGCCGUAGAAAGCGCAUACCAAGCCGCGAGUGGCCGGGACCUUCCGGACCGGGCAGUAGAAACGGAUAUUUUCAUGUCUUUUAUGAUCUUCGCUAUCGCCCUCUGUGACGUUUCAAACCCAUCUGGAGGUCGACCAAGCCAGAAUGAGGGGUGCUUCAAAUCAGCCCUCAGCUUGUACGAAAAGGUCGUUACGAGUUUGGAAAGUGAUAUCGAGACUCUGCGCACUAUCCUUCUGUUGGCUCAAUUUAUUGCAUUGUGCCCUUCCCGGGGGAGUCUAUGGCAUCUGACCGGUAUCGCUUUACGCUUAUGUAUUGACAUAGGCUUACAUUGGGAAAGCGAAGAUCAGGCUACGAGUGUGGAUCCCGCCGUAUUAUACGAUCACCGACGUCUCUGGUACUCUACAUAUCAAUUUGACCGUAUCUUAUGCAUCACGCUCGGUCGGCCCUUUGGUAUCAUCGACGAAAGCAUGCGUGUGCCACUUCCAAAUCCAUGGGCUGUCUAUCAAGGAGCAUCUAGCAGCGAAUCCACCGGAUUUGAUAUCUACAGCCAACGAGCUCAUAACCACAUGUUUAGCUUAUCGAUGCUUGAGUCUGAGAUCAAACAUGUGCAACACAGCCAAGUUUGGGCUCCGAAAAUAGCCUACCCUAGGGCAAACUAUGCAGUGUGGCUUCAAGAUAUCCAACCCCGUCUUGAAGAAUGGUACGCUACUAUUCCGCAGACUACCAAGGCUCACCCAUCAUCCAUAUUCGCAUAUCAGGCAUAUUGGGACUAUCUAUAUAACAACGCAAUUAUCCUGCUUUACCGACCCAACUCUACCGGACCACAAACAUCCCCGGAAGCAACAGUCCUCUCUUUUAAAGCCUCUUGUCAACUUAUAGGAAGUAUCAAAACCCUACAACGAGAAGGGAAGGUUGAUAUACUAUGGAAAUCGGCCCAUCAUCUCUUUAUGGCUGGCCUGGGGGUGAUAUACAGUCUUUGGCAGUCGAAAGAAGUGCGAGACCGGAAUCCGAUUGGGAGUAGCAUUUCCGCGCUGCAAUCCUGCGCCUCGACACUUGCUGCAAUGGCUGAGAGCUUUCCGGGGGUCUCAGGCUGCCGUGAUGCUUUUGAUACUCUAUCGGAAGCAACAGUCGAUUGGCUAGUUAAUAAUAAUGCUGCGGAACUACACCAUGGCCGUCAAGAGUUCGAGAAACAAGCAGAAGACGUCCUACACCGGCUACAGCCUUCUCGCAGAGCACAUGACUGUAAUGGAAUGGACAUGUCAGGCAUGUUGUCGGCUGAUAGCUUUGUUUUCAGCGAGAUGUUUAGUAGUGCUGCUCAAUGGCCUGAGCCUCAGCACAGCGGGUUUAAUGACAUGGGCUUUGACCCAAUGGCAAGAGGAGGAUCUCAUAUUUCCUUGUAA